AUUCAUUGACAUAUUGAAGUAUCUACCUGAAAUUGGCGGGAAAUGUCGAAAAUUUAUUUUGACUCUACCCUUUUUUCUUUCAUAGAUUUUUUUCGGUUCGUGUUGUGGCGCCUUUUUUUCUGAAUUUCCUUUCACUUUAAUUUUGAAGUAUGGAUCUGUUAGGCGAUUUACCAACUGAAAAAUCUGCUAAAGAACCCAAAGAAGGAGCUCGGCAACCUAAGAAUAUAAUAACAAUGUCACCUCCGUUGGAAAACAACAGACCGACUGAAACACAAAUUUCGGAGGUUUCGUCUUCCCAAUGUAGUAAAAAAAGUUCCUACAAAGAUGCUCUAAGCCAGCCAGGCCCGGGGAUGACGCAGAAACAGCGACUCCUGUGGCUUCAGAAGCGGCACAAGACCGGCCUCUGGGUGCAGUGCGACGACUGCGACCGCUGGCGGUAUCUGCCGCAUGUGCUAGACAGCACGGAACUGCCCAAGAAGUGGUACUGCAGGAUGAACCCAGAUCGUUCCGCAGCCGACUGUUCAGUCCCUGAGGAGCCAAUUUGCCUGCGCGGCGAAGAAGAUUUGAUUCACAGCGAAUAUUCAGCUGGGUCCAUAGUACUGGCUCGGCUUGCGGGCUGGCCGUGGUGGCCGGCUAUGGUCGAAGACUGCGCGGACACGGAACAAUUUUAUUGGCUUGAUGGGUUUUCUGAUAUUCCGACUUACUACAAUGUCGUUUUCUUCGAUUCCUACGAUGCCACAAGAGCAUGGAUAGCUCCUAAAAAUUUGAAACCGUACAAUGCCAACAAAAAGGCUACAAGAAUUGCCGCCAGGGACACAAAAUAUAAAAAGCGCUUAGAUGCUGCUUAUCAACAAGCAGAUGAUGCCAAUAUGUUACCGCUAGCCGAGCGCCUGGCCAAAUACAGUUUUUUGAAUAGGUACAAAGGAACAAUCGGUGAACCGAAAGAAAUUAGUCAACAAGAGCUGAUGAGGUUCAAGAAUAAAAUCAAAAGAAUACUGAACAUUGAUUUAUCUGAUGAAAGCGCCAGUGACUCGGACGAUAGCUCUAAGUCUGAUAGAAGUGAGAAUUCUAAGGCCAAAAAACGGGCGAUGAAAAACCCGAAUGUUAUAUUAGUAGGCACGCCUAAAAGAAGGAAACUUAAUAACGGCUUAGUGAAAGCAGCACAUAUUUGCAUUGACGCUACCAACGAAACAAAUCAGAAUUCUCCAGUACAAGUAGAUGAAACUGUGAAUUCUGCAGAUCAAAGUCACUCGAUUUUCAAGCAACCCAACUCUUUGACUGUUCAAGUUGGUAGUACGACAGUUCCUGAUACUGAUACAACGACGCUUGAUGAUGACACUUCCAAAACAUACCUGCCAGAGAAUGAAAUGGCUCAUGAACUAACGAAUCCUUCGCAGACUGGAACGGAGAUGCAUGUUCGAGUCACUACACCCAGCAGCGACGACUUUGAAUUUUAAUUUUUUCUUUAUUUUAUUUAUUUAAGAUAGUCCUUUGAAUUAAUUGUAAUAAC